CAUCUCUCAAAACGGCUCAUCCAAAAGGCUUGUGAACCUCUCAACCCUCCAAGAAGAUUUAAGCUAGGAAAAGAAAAUCAAUUUCCUUUUGGAAGGUCCCUUUCAGCAUAGACGUUAAUGUACUAUCCUUGCCCAUUUCAAACCCAUCAAUCCCAGCACGAAUCAAUUGCCCUCAAAUCUACCACCAAAUCAUGGAAACUUACUGGGUUCAUGCUCAAAAUCACAAAAUCCAAUUUUCAUUUCGCUAAGAGUCAACCACUCACUUCUGAAAUGUAGAAUCGCUUAAUUACCUGAAACUUUGAGUAGUUUAUAAGUUUAUCAACAUCAAAAAGAUUGCUGUGGCAUGUAAUUUUUUUUAGAAGCAAAGAUGGGUGAUAACAGCUUAAGGAACACCAUUGAUGAUGACAAAAAAGAUUCAGAGAAUAAGACUACUAAAGAAGCAAAGGAAGAGAUUUUGAUGACCAAUCUUGUUCCAUUUUUCAAGCUAUUCUCAUUUACCGACUCUAAAGAUGUCAUUUUAAUGGUUGUUGGUACGAUCUCAGCAUUUAUCAAUGGUUGGAAAAUGCCCAUUAUGGCUGUUCUCGGUGGACAACUUAUUAACUCUUUUGCGUCAACUGAUGGCUCCGAUGUACUUAAACAAGUUUCAAAGAUAGCAAUGCAAUUUGUUUAUCUCGGAAUUGGAUCUGGCGUGGCCUCGUUCUUCCAGGUGGCAUGCUGGAUGAUCACAGGGGAGAGACAGGCAGUACGAAUACGAGGUUUGUACUUGAAGAUGAUACUGAGGCAAGAAAUUGCUUUCUUUGACAAGGAAACUACCCGGGGAGAAGUUAUUGGGAGAAUGUCUGGUGACAUUAUUCUCAUUCAAGAUGCUAUUGGCGAGAAGGCUGGCACAUUUGUUGAGCUGAUUUCAGCAUUUCUUGCUAGUUUUAUCAUUGCAUUCAUUAAAGGGUGGCUUCUUACACUUGUCAUGUUAUCUUCUAUUCCUCCUCUUGCAAUUUGUGCCAUGUCUAUGUCCAUUUUAAUACGCAAGCAAGCAUCUCGUGCACAAGCUGACUAUCUGCAAGCAGGAACUGUUGUAGAAGAAACUAUCAGCUCAAUUCGAACGGUUGCAUCAUUUACUGGGGAGAAUCAAGCUAUCGUUAAGUAUGACAAGUCCCUGACAAAGGUUUACAAAUCUGGUGUUCAGGAGGGGAUAGUUGCUGGGUUAGGCCUUGGUUCAACUUUUUCCGUUCUUUAUUGUUCUUAUGCCUUAGCCGUAUGGUUUGGUGCAAAAAUGAUUAAUCAGAAAGGAUACAUGGGCGGUGAUGUCAUUAAUGUUAUAGUUGCUUUAUUGAGUGGCUCCAUGUCUUUAGGGAAGUCAUCUUUAUGCCUGGGUGCAUUUGCCGCUGGACAAGCUGCAGCCUUUAAGGUGUUCAAGACAAUAAAUAGGAAGCCAGAGAUUGAUGCAUAUGACACCGCCAGUGGGAGAAUUUUAGAUGAUAUUCGUGGAGAUAUCGAGUUUAGGGAUGUUCACUUUAGUUAUCCUACUAGACCAGACGAGAAAAUAUUUAAUGGAUUCUCUUUAUAUAUACCAAGUGGUAUGACCUAUGCUUUGGUUGGGCAAAGUGGAAGUGGAAAAUCAACUGUAGUUAGUCUGAUAGAAAGAUUUUAUGAUCCCCAAGAAGGUGAAGUUCUUAUAGAUGGUACAAAUUUGAAGGAGUUUCAACUCUUAUGGAUUAGGGGGAAAAUUGGGCUUGUCAGCCAGGAACCUGUGCUCCUUACAUGUAGCGUUAAAGAUAACAUUGCUUACGGAAAGGAAAAUGCAACUCUUGAAGAAAUUAGAGAUGCAACUGAGCUAGCCAAUGCUGCUAAAUUCAUAGAGAGUUUACCUCAGGGUCUAGACACGUUAGUAGGUGAGAACGGGACUCAGCUGUCAGGGGGACAGAAACAGAGAAUUGCCAUAGCAAGGGCAAUUCUGAAAAACCCGAAAAUCCUACUUCUAGAUGAAGCUACAAGUGCACUUGAUACGGAGUCUGAGCGAAUUGUGCAAGAAGCUCUAGAUAGGGUAAUGGUGGACCGAACCACUAUCAUUGUCGCACAUCGCUUGAGCACGGUUAAGAAUGCAGAUACCAUUGUGGUCAUACAUCAGGGGAAUAUUGUUGAAAAAGGUUCACAUCUGGAGCUCCUUAAAGAUCCUGAUGGGGCUUACGGUCAGCUUGUAAGCUUGCAAGAAGUAAACAAAGACUCAGAAACUGAUACAGUAAAACCAGAAAUUAGUGUGGAGUCUGACAGGCAAUCAGGAAACUUCAUGUCUCUCCAGCAAUACGGUAGUAGAGGAUCAACAGGGGACAUGCGCCCUUCUUCAAGCCUUAGUGUCCAAGAGAGAUCUCUGUUACGCCAAAGUCUCGACAUUCAUGGAGAAAAAUCACAAAUGCCAAUUACAGAGAAGGAUCAAAAAGUUUCAAUUCGUCGUCUUGCCAACCUUAACAAGCCAGAGCUCCAUGUUUUACUGCUUGGUGUUGUGGCUGCAGUGAUCAAUGGAAUUGUAUUUCCUGCUUUUGCCGUAAUGUUUUCUGGUAUGAUUUCUACAUUUUAUGAACCUCCAAGUAAGCUUCGGAGGGAUGCAAGAUUUUGGGCAUUGAUGUUCGUCGGCCUUGGCAUUGUAUCCUUUGGGGCAUCCCCGGCAAGAACAUACUUCUUUGCUGUGGCUGGUUGUAGUUUAAUAAAACGUAUUCGUUCAAUGUGCUUCAAGAAAGUUGUUUACAUGGAUAUUAGUUGGUUUGAUGAUCCCGAACACUCUAGUGGUAUGAUUGGUACAAGGCUUUCUGCAGAUGCAGCAACAGUACGCAAUCUUGUUGGAGAUGCACUUGGGCUGCUUAUUCAAAACAUUGUAACAUUAGUUGUUGGUAUAGGUGUUGCAUUCGAAGCAAACUGGCAAUUGGCACUCAUUGUUCUUGUUUUGCUACCGUUGAUAGGACUGAAUGCAUGGGUUCAAGUGAAGCUCAUGAAAGGAUUUGGUGCAAAUGCAAAGAUGAUGUAUGAAGAAGCAAGUCAAAUUGCCACUGAUGCCGUAGGGAAUAUCAGAACAGUUGCUUCAUUUUGUGCUGAAGAGAAGGUGAUGAAAUUGUACCAAAACAAAUGUAUUGGCCUAAGGAAGACAGGGAUAAGGCAAGGUUUAAUUAGCGGAUUCGGUUUUGGUAUCUCCUUUUUCUUGUUGUUUUGUGUCUAUGCUACGAGCUUUUACGCUGGAGCAAAACUACUCGAGGAUGGCAAGAUAACCUUUCCCGAAAUUUUCCGUGUUUUCCUUGUCCUCACUAUGACAGCAAUUGGAAUUUCCCAGUCAAGUUCGAUGUCACCAGACUUCAGCAAAGCUAAGUCUUCAACUGUAUCCAUCUUUGCAAUUCUCGACGGGAAAUCAAAACUAGAUUCGAGUGAUGCCUCUGGAAUUACACUUGAAGUUUUGAAGGGUGAAAUUGAGUUUGAACAUGUUAGUUUUAAGUAUCCUCUAAGGCCUGAUGUUCAGAUAUUCAGCGACCUUUGUCUUACUAUUCAAUCUGGCAAGGUGAUAUCCCUGGUUGGAGAAAGUGGAAGCGGAAAAUCAACAGUGAUAUCACUAUUGCAGCGGUUUUAUGAUCCUGACUCUGGCCAAGUUAGAAUAGAUGGUAUUGAAAUUCAAAAGUUUCAAUUGAGAUGGUUGAGACAACAGAUGGGGUUGGUUAGCCAAGAACCUGUGUUGUUCAAUGACACAAUCCGAACCAACAUUGGAUAUGGUAAGGAAGGAACUGCAACGGAGGCAGAGAUUCUUGAGGCAGCAAAACAAGCAAAUGCCCACAAUUUCAUAAGUGGGUUACAAAAGGGGUAUGAUACAAUAGUAGGGGAGAGAGGAGUCCAAUUGUCAGGUGGCCAAAAGCAACGAGUCGCAAUUGCGCGUGCCAUAGUUAAAGGGCCAAAGAUAUUAUUACUGGACGAGGCAACAAGUGCACUGGAUUCAGAAUCAGAACGAGUAGUUCAAGAUGCAUUGGACCGAGUUAUGGUGAACAGGACGACAAUUGUGGUGGCACAUCGGUUAACAACAAUUAAGAAUGCUGAUGUAAUUGCUGUUGUAAAAAAUGGGAUAAUUGCUGAGGAAGGAAAUCAUAGUACCUUAAUGGGUAUGGAGGAUGGAAUAUAUGCAUCUCUUGUAGCACUAAACAUGGAUGGUGCAUCUUAACCAUAUUCUGCUCAUAUUCUUGUCUUCUUAAUAAUCCAAUGGUGAUAUUAAUAAGUUAACAUGUAGUUAUCUUUUCACGCAUUCAGAAU